AUGGUGAACGGCGAGUUUGAACUGUUCAAGUUUGAGAAGCACAAGCACGAAGCUCCCCUGAUAACUCCGAACGGCGAGAGAGUCAAGUAUCGGCAAGACGGAGCUUGCCCCCGACAUCCAGAUAUUCAACUGAGGGAGAAAAAGGGAAUGCUUAGAAAGAAAUGGAACCAACUUCUCCCUCACUGCCCGCGCUGUCAGCAUGAAUGGGAGCUUGAAAUACAAAAAAAUAAUGGGAACAAGAGCCAGGUAUCUGCCCGAGAUGGCGAAAAUGUCUCUGAAACAGAUGCUACCGCCAAGACGGGCGAUGCCUCUGCGAAGCUUGAUCCAACAGCGACAAGGGAAGAAACGUCAAAUCCAGAACCCGAGCCUGAGCCUGUGAACGAAUCCCCUAAAGAUAUCGUCUCUCUCGCGGAGGUGGAGACGUCGAUUGACAGCGCAGCAAGUGAUAUCCAUAUCAACACUGCAUUUUCAGAAAGAGCUUCAAUCAUUUUGGAUGCUAUGGCACAACAUGCAAACGAGCAAACGAGCAAACCAUCCUUGAGAAGGGAUGUGACGGCAUCAAAAUUUGGCGGGAUUUAG